AAUUUGUCUAUAAAGAGGUGUCCACUAUCCAAAUGUAAAUUCAAGUUUUUACAGUAACAAAUUCUCAUAAAAUUUAGAAAAGUUAAAUACACGAAAGUUUCCAUUUUUGUUUACAUGACAAAGUCAGCAGAGAUGAGCUCCGAAACCCCGGUUAGGCUUCCGGUCAUAGAUUCCUCAAAGCAGGACCUGAAGCCGGGCAGCGCUGACUGGGAGUUGGUGAAGGUCCAAGUCCGGCAAGCACUCCAGGAGUACGGUUGUUUCGAGGCUUUGUUCGACAAAGUCCUGGAGCUUGGGAAGCCAUUAAUUGGAGCCCUGGAAGAGCUUUUUGACCUGCCUUUGCAAACAAAAACGAGAUAUGUUUCCGAGAAGGUCUUUCGUGGCUAUUAUGGGCCUAAGGCACCACUGCAUGAAAGCAUGGUCAUUGAUGAAGCAAAUGUUGCUGAAAACGUUGAACAACGCCUUACUAACAUCUUGUGGCCCCAAGGAAAUUCAAGUUUCAGCGAAACUCUGCUAUCUUUCUCAUCGCUAGCUUCAGGAUUAGAGAAAACAAUUAGAAGGAUGAUUUUGGAGAGUUUUGGUCUAGAGAAAUACAUGGAUAAGCACAUGGAGUCCACCAAUUAUAUUCUGAGGGUCAUGAAAUAUGAAGGGCCCCACACCAGCGAGCCAACCAUUGGGGCACGUGCUCACUCUGACCAGAAUAUGGUGACCUUGUUGCAUCAAAAUGAGGUUAAUGGAUUGGAGAUUCAAACCAAAGAUGGCGAAUGGAUCAAUGUAAAACCCUCACCGGCCUCUUUCAUUGUCAUGAUUGGAGAAUCCCUCAGCGUAUGGUUAAAUGGUCGUUUGCCUUCUCCAUAUCAUCGCGUGAUGAUAACGGGGAACAAGGCAAGAUACAGCUCCGGAUUGUUUGCAACCACGAAAGGAGGCUACAAAGUAAAGGUUCCAGAAGAGCUUGUGGAUGAAGAAAAUCCCUUGCUUUUCAAACCUUUUGACUACGAGGAAUUCUUGGAAUUUUAUUCCACCGAGGCUGCCCGAGGUGCUCUUGGAUCUGGUCUUAAGGCUUAUUGCAGUGUCUAAGAUUAUUAACUAUAAAUAAUUUGGAAUGGAUUUUGUCAAAUUCUGGGUCUUUUUGUAUCUCUGGUUAAAAAUAAUCGUUACUUUCAGUUUAUGCUCCAUAGACUGCAAGUGAACAUUGAACUGGCUACUCUUUAUUUAACUUGGGUUCUAAAAUUAAAAGCCCAGGAAAACUACAAGAUUUAUUGACUAUGUCAAGCUUCAAUGAUUGUGUCUGUGUUU